CAUCGAUACAUCAUGCGGGUGAAAAUACAUUAAGGAAUUUUCGCAUGGGUGGAUUACCAUCAAAGGGACUUGACAAGAUGUUCAUGACUGGCUCAACAAUCAAUCACAUUGGUGGUCUGACGAACAUGCUUCUAGCGACGCAGAAUGAUGGCUUUUCGGUCGAUAAACUUGUCGAUGUCUACGGUCCACCGAAUUUGGAUGCAUUCUUACAAACAAUACAGAAAUCUUUCCAGUACAUGAGUAAGUUCGAGUUUGUAAAACUUCACCAGAUUGAGGAACGAAUAAAUUGGCUGGAAAUUGCGAGUGAUAAUAAUUUUCAAAUUUUCGCCUUUGCUACAAGCGAUUGUUCGCAAGAGAACGGUCGGACGAUUUUCCCAAAUCUUGCCGUUUCUUACGCGUUUUUAUUACAAGAACCGCUACGAAGAGUUCGCAUGGAUGUAGCAGAAAAUCUUGGCCUGGCACAGGACGUUUUGAGAAAUGCUAUGUCAAAGUGUCAAAUGGGAUAUUCUGUUGAUUUACCUUGUGGAACACAGAUCAAUCGACAAUCAUUUGUUGUCAUAGAUUGUCCAUCAAAACAAGUCCUCAACAAAUUAUCUUCUUUCAUCUCACGUGAUUUCUUCUCAAGUGAUUUGCACACUCACGUGGACAUAGUAAUUCACAUGACCGGAAAAGAUAUAGCAAAUUCCAUGGAAUACAAAUCUUGGAUGACAACGUUUCACCCAGAAACGAAACAUCUUAUGAUGAAUGAUCACGUGGUUGAAAGACCAGCUUUCACCGUCUUUGAUGAAGUUUAUGAUAGGUUAAAUAAACUUCACGUGAACAUUUUCCCGCCGCUGUACUAUUCAUUGUUUAUGGAUAAAAUUCAUUCUGGUUUUAAAGAUUUUCCUGAGGGUUCUGUCCAUUUUGCUGCUCCGACUUUGAGGUAUAAUUUUCGGCCAAUAGCCUUUGAAGGCUUUGAACAAAACUUGGUGGCUGUAAAGCUGUAA